AAUAUCAUGACGUCGAGUAUGGCUGUAAUUGGAGCCGGUGCCAGUGGUCUCGCGUCGUUAUGGGCUUUCGAGAAAGCACAGCGCGCCGGUGCAAAGAAACCGGAAAUCGUUUGCUAUGAAAAACAGAGCGACUGUGGCGGCCUGUGGAAUUACGUUUGGCGCACUGGACUGGAUGAGUUCGGCGAGCCAGUCCAUUCUGGCAUCGUCGUCCGCUGGGUGGAAUUUGAUGACAAAAGCGACAAAUUUACUGUAACUGUCAAAGAUUUACAAAGCGAUAUUGUGCACACCGAACAGUUUGACUGGGUGGUGGUAGCCACUGGGCAUUUUUCGAUUCCAAAUUACCCGGAAUUUCCAGGAAUGGAUAGCUUCCCAGGCCGAGUAGUGCAUUCUCACGAUUUCCGUAAUGCAGCAGACUUUGCUGGGAAGCGUGUUCUGAUUAUUGGCCGAAGUUAUUCUGCCGAAGACAUCGCGAUUCAGUGCUUCAAGUAUAGCUGCCAGUCGGUCACUAUCAGCUACCGAAGCAGGCCUUUCGGCUUCAAAUGGCCGGAUGGUAUCACCGAGAAGCCUCUCCUCCGUGAACUUCGAGACGCAACUGCGUACUUUGUCGAUGGAUCCAGCGCAGAUGUGGACGCGAUUAUCAUGUGCACUGGCUACCAGCACCAUUUCCCUUUCCUGUCGGAUCAUCUUCGCUUGAAGACCGCCAAUGUGUGGUAUCCGUUGGGACUGUACAAAGGCAUCUUCUGGCACCACAAUACCAAAUCAAUCUAUCUCGGUAUGCAGAAUCAGUGGUUCACCUUCCCCCUGUUUGACGCGCAAGCCUGGUAUGCGCGUGAUGUCAUUCUGGGUAAAAUAAAAUUACCGAAGGUGGAGGAGAGGGAAAACGAUAUGGCAAAGUGGAGUGGUAGGGAGCAGGCAUGGACACAGGCCGAAAAAGAUGCCGGUGUGUUUAUGUUUUUUCAGGCUGAUUAUAUGCGAGAUUUGCUAGACGCCACCGAUUACCCGCAGUUUGAUAUCGACGGAAUGAUUCGGAUCUUUGAAGACUGGGAGCGUCACAAGCGGGAGAAGGAGGGUGUUUUGGAAUAUCGGGAUCAUACACAUCGAUCCGUUAUGACCGACACUACUGCCCGGAUUCACCAUACGAAAUGGCUGCACGAAAUGGAUGACACGUUGGAAAAUUUUGUGCAUUAAUUUUGAAAGUAAAGAUUACCCUCGUGUACCGCCUGAUAUGCGUAUUAUUAGACUUGCUGACAAAGUCAAAUUUCGCUUCGAAUUUUUGUGGCCGUGCAGCUUUUUACAGUACUGCUUGACCUGUGUACAUUAGACAAUGCUUUCACUUUCAUGGAUUUUAAUUGAUUCGUUUUCUGGUACAAAGCGAAUUACAUCACAACCGUAUUCACAU